AUGAUGAUGAUGGCGAUGAUAAGGUAAGAGAUGGAGGAAUAGAAGAUUAGAAAGAGUGAGUUGAGGGAGAAAGUUUUAUAAUAUAAUUUAAACUGCGCCUUCGAAUUCACUUUUUAUUUCAUAAGCUUCAACUAACCGACGUCGACGACACCAAAACGAUCUGAUCGGUUUUUUCUUAUUCUUUUUCGAGUGUUUUUCUUUCUUUGUUGUUGUUCAGUGAACAUCAUCAUCGUCAUCAAGUUUUCAUCGAUAAAUUUUAUAAAUACAAUAAAACACACAUCAAGUUAAUCGAUUUGAACGUCAACAUCAUAUUCGAUAUCAGUUUAGUGUUGGUUUGAAUUUCGAUAUGUUGAAAUUAUAUUUUCUCGGGUUCUUGUUAUCUACAAGUACUUUCACCUUAGUUUCCAGUCAAUCGACAGAUGAAGGUAAUCAAGAUGUAAGAUCGUCUUCAUCUUCCCGUCGGGUACCUGACGGUCGAGGUAGCGAUGUCCCUUUCUAUGUUGAUGUUCACACUCACCCGAAAACGGGUUUCAGUUGUUCUGAUAAAAAGGCAGGCCAAUAUUACGCUGAUCCCGUGCAAAAUUGUGCCGUUUACUAUAUCUGUUUAGCUGAUCAAUAUGGACGAUUAUCACCAACAUCGUUUGCUUGUCCCAACGGAACCAUUUUCAAUCAAGCAACUAAAGUGUGUUCACCUCAUGAUCAAGUCGAUUGUAAUCUAGCGACACGUUAUUACGAUUCGUAUCGAGGACACAUAGAUAGUCAAGGAACUGACCCUAAUCAGUAUACUGCUCAUUAUGAGACUGUCCCUCGUCGUGAGGCUCCACCUCGAGCUCGACCUGUUGCCGCUUCCGUUCCCAGUGCUCCAAUUGCCGCUCCUGUUGCACCAGUGUCUCCGCCAUUACCUGUGACCCCUUCUAAUCGUAAUUCAUUCAAUCGAGGCAGCAAUCGAUUUGGUUCAUCAUCGUCAUCAUCGUCAUCAUCAUCUUCUUCAUCGUCAUCUUCAUCUCUACCUCAAUCCCAACCUGCUGCUUUACCCGUACGAUACUCAACACCAACGCGACGUGGCCAGUUCCGUCCAUCUUUAGCCGAAGCUCCAAUUCGUUCAGCCGCACCCGUUGCUCCAUUGACCACAACCACAACCACUACUACAACAACCACCACAACUACACCUUCACCUCCUCCAGUUGAAUAUGUUUACGAUUACGAUUACGAUCCAAAUAAUCCCGGUAAUCCAAACAAUAAUCCAAACAAUGGUCCUGUCAAUCAACCAGGCAACGUUUUAAUUGGAGCCGGAAAUCCACCUCGAUCACAACUAUUCCCACCCGGCCAACCUGGUUUCCAACCUCAAUCCCUACCACAAUUACCUCCACUCUCACCUUUAGCCCUACCCAUCGGUUCAUCCUCAUCUUCAUCUACAUCAAUUUCCUCACCAAUCCUUGGGCGUAAUAAACGAUCAGCCGAAAUUGAAGAAACUGAUACAAGUUUGGUCAAUGUUGAUCGACGAUCUCGACGUAAAAGCGCCUUAGAACUUAGUUCCGAGGUCGGUUCAGUUGAACGGGUCAAACCUUCAAACUUUACCUGUUCAGGUAAAGUCUCCGGCAUCGCUUAUGCCGAUGUCGCAAAUGAUUGCAAACUAUUUCAUGUUUGUCUACCAGAAACCAAAGGUAAAUUAAGUGAUUAUCAACUUUUCUGUGACAAAGGAUUAGGAUUUAAUCAACUUAAAUCAACCUGUCAAUCAUUAAGUAAAUUUGAUUGUUCCAAAUCUGAGAAAUAUUAUCCAGUAGAUAAAUCAAGUGAUCAUGAAGGUUAUCGUAAAAAUAAUUGGAGAGUUAACAAGAAAUUAAGAGGAGCAAUUAAAAAUAAUGGAAACAAUAGUAAGGCAAUUAAAUUGUAAAUCCAAAAGAAAAAAAAAUUGCGAAAAUCAAAUGAAAUUAACUCAACGAAUUUAAUAUUAUUGCCAAAUUUAAAUCAACACAAUCAAGAUUAAUUAAAUCAAUUGAAUCAAUCAUCUUCAUCUUCACCACCACAACAAUCAUCAUUUAAAAGUAAACAUUAAUUAUUUCAUUAAAUUGUAAUCAAUAUAAACACUCAACAAAAUUAUAAUUAUUAUUUUAGUUAACCAAUUGUUGCCAUUUUUAUACAAAAGCAUCAAAGUUAAUUGUGUAUCAAGAAAUUUAAUUUGUCUGCACCAAAUUGUAACUCAAUUUAUGAUGAAAAUAAAUUUAAUUGUCAUUUUUUAAGAUGGUUAUCAUUUUAAUCAA